AUGGAUGACGAGGAGCUCGGCGUCGGAGUGGUGCACCGCCGCUCACUGACCGCGAGGGGCCAUCGGGAUGGAGGACCCAUGAGCGCGGCCGCGUCCUUGGCCUCCGCCGUGGGCCACGUCAGCUCGCUGACGCCCCCGUUCCGCGGGCGCAGGUCCAUAACCCCGAGGAGCCCUGGCAGGGCCGACGGCAGGAGAGCAAGCUCGUCACGCCGCGGGAGCUUCGGCCUCACCUCGCCGCGCGCGCACCUGGUGGACGGCUCGCCGCGUGCUCGAGCGGGGCGGCCGUAUGGGGCGGGCUUCUUCGCGGAAGACGUCGCCCCAGAGUUCGGCAAGGUCCCCAGAGUGCUGCCGUCGUUCCAGGAGGUCAAGGGGAAGGUGGCGAAGAACUGGGGCGCGAUGCAGCGGAACAUCAUCCGACGG